CUUGAUUAAUUUUAGUUGGUGGUUUCUUUAAAUCCCUCCUUUUCCACUUUUUGACUUUCAUUUUUAAAAUUGUUGCAAUCUUACUCCUUCAAAAAUAUCCCUAUUUCUGUUCUUAUUAUAAUGGACCCCUCAAAUUUUCAGAAUCUCUAAACAUUAAUACACUUACUGAAUGAUCUAACAUCCACCCAUUUCAGAUUUAGGAUUUUUGGGAAUUGGGUUGUUUUUUUAACAGGUAAUUAAUUGAUUGUUGAGCUCUUAAGUAGAAGAAUAUCAAACUUUCCAGAUUCCUUCAUCGCCUACUUUUUUUACAGAUCAGGAAAUGGGGUCAUUGCAAGGACCUGUUGUUUGUCCGUCGAUUCGUGCAAAGCAGGUGGUUGUUUACCAAGUACCCAUUAAUAAUGCUUUGAUGAAGAGUGCUAUGAUCAAAAGUACAUUUUGGGGCUAUAAUCACUUGCGACAACGAACUUCUAAAACUGGAUUGCUUGCUCGCCCAAUGAAUAUCCAAAGGCGUGGUACUGUUCAAUGUACCUACAGUUCGUCCUCUAACGGAAGUGGUAGCAGAGCAGAAAACUUUAAGGAGAAUGAUGAGGAUUUUGUCAACUCCAGUGUUAUUGAAGCUGUUGAGGUGAAAAGUGGUACAGAUGGUUUCACAAUUAAGAUGAGAGAUGGCAGGUUCUUAAAAUGUGUUCAUAACAGCCCUCAAGGCGGUCACCUGCCAGAUUAUGCACCACAUCCGGCAAUUGUCCUUAAGAUGGAAGAUGGAACUGGGCUUCUUCUACCAAUAAUCGUUUUGGAGAUGCCUAGUGUGUUGCUGAUGGCUGCUAUUCGUAACGUACAUAUUGCUAGGCCAACAAUGUAUCAGGUUAUAAAGGAUAUGAUUGAGAGGAUGGGAUAUACAGUCAAACUUGUGCGUGUAACUAAGAGAGUCCAUGAAGCAUAUUUUGCUCAGAUAUAUCUUAAAAAGGCUGAUAAUGAAGAUGAAUGUAUCAGCUUUGACUUACGUCCUUCAGAUGCAAUCAAUAUUGCUGUAAGAUGCAAGGUGCCUAUACAAGUCAACAGGAAUUUGGCUCAUAGUGAUGGAAUGAAGGUUGUUGAAUCUCCAAAGACGUCUGUGGGACCUGCAUCAGAUGUCUUGUCAUUUACAGAAUUGGAUCAGCCUAGUGGUCAGCCAUGUAUAGAGACAACUGAAUUCAACUUGUUGCGCAACAUGCUUAAUGCUGCUUGUGAGGAGCGCUACCAAGAUGCGGCGCAAUGGAGGGACAAACUUACCCAAUUUCGAGCUAAAAGGAACUGGGCUUGACAGCGUGUUUGCUACUCUCUUUCCAUUUUCUCUACCUAUUACUCCCUCUCAACAUGCUACUGUCCAUUAUGGUAAGAAGCAAAGAAGGGACAUGCGGCAAUUUUAAAAGGAUGGAGGGAGCAUGAAACUUAAGAGUUAGGAUGUGGCUUAUUUAAACUAGAAAUGUGGCCUAUUAUUAAGCAUGUGCGAUAGGCUAGAUAAGGGUUGUGUCGUGCUUAAAUAAAAACGGGCCAAGCCUUAAGAAAUAGGAGUAGAAAAUGGGCUCAAGUGGGUUGGGCUUUAUUCAACACGGCCUAGCCCAUAUGUGAUAGUAUAUGGUUAUUAAAAUCUGCUUCUCAUUUUCUUUAGAAAUUUAACCUUCAUUUUGUCAAAUUGAUGAAGCUGAAACAUAUUGCUUAAUAGUCUGAACCAUAUAAUAUAACAUAUACUAUAUGCUUCAAACUUGGACAAUAUUACCUUUGAUAAUUUGGUCAAAUUCUGUACUUUUCUUAUUUUUGUUCUUCCUUUGCUUGACAAAAAAGUCGUGCCAAGAAAAACUCGACCUUUUGUUUUCUAGUAACCAUGCAAUUUAGUGAAUGUUGGGAGGGUUUUUGAGCAUGAACCAGGUUUGUGAUAUUUCUGUGAGGAGUGAUUAGAGAACACGAUGAAACAUUUUGAACAAAAAAAAAGGACGAAAGUAAGAUAUUUCAUACCAUAAUCAGUGAAAUUAUUUUUCAAACGCAAUUUGGUAGUGUAAUCCUAAGUAGUCUAAACUAUCAUAAUUCACAAAUUGUUAAAUGAAGUCUUUAAAAACUUAAUGAAGGCUCGUUUAAGCCUUGAACCAUUUAAAGCUUGGUCCAUCCAAAACCCUCUAAAUAAAGCGUCGGAUAGGGGCUUAAUGGGCCCCAGUCUGUUGCACACUUCUCCCUAAUUAUUAAAGGAUAGAGAUCGGAGGGAUGAUUUGAUAAGAGUAUGUGGGUUCCCUUGUGUGCCUAUAUAUAGUUAAAUUGGAUGGAGAAGGAAAAGGGAAAGGGAAAGCGAGUGGGAUCAGUUCCUUCAUUGGAAUAAAGGACUAGGAGAAGGAAAGAGAGUGAUCCAUUUCUCUUUUGAAUAAACACUACGUUUCCAAUAUUGGAUAAAGAUUUGGAGGUGUAUCCCUUAUUCGAUGGCAUAUUCUUUUAUUUCAGAUUAUAAUAGAAAUUAUUAAUAUAAUUCGUUUAAUCAUGUGUACUUAUUUAUGUUAAGUUGCUACUAAUGGUCAUUUGAAGACAACCUCUUUGUUACCAUUAACAAGGGGUAAGGUAGCUUACGUACAGGGGAGCCGUUUUAUGGCGUUGUAGAAAUGAAAUGUUGGAAAUAUUUGGUGGGAAAAUAGAGUUUAUCUUUGUCUUCUAGUUCCUCUCACUUCUAGUUUUACUAUUUGGACAAAGUAAUCGCAUGCAUUCUUAUUGUGAUCAAGAAAUUUUCAAGAAAAAAUUCGUAAUUUAUCGAGGAUCAAUUCUUGCAGGAACAAAAAUUGUACACUGUAGAUAAAUUAAUGAAGCUGAAGAUGUUGUUGAUUUCUCAAGUGGAGCAUCGGUUCUAGCAUGCUUUGUUUACGUUGUAAUUAUAUAUGUUAAGUAUGUGAAUAGUAGUAUAGAUGAUGAACGAUUUUUUACUCUAAUGCAAAUGGAACUUACGAGCUAGCAAUUAGCACUGUCCUUGUGCUGCAAUGUCGACUUUAGUGCUGUGCAUAUGGGUUCUCGUAUGAGCUCGAUACUUGUAUUUGCUCGGUGAAUUAUGCAGGACAUAGUUUGCGUUGAUGCGGGCUAUGAAAUUAGGGUAAAUAUCAUUGUGUGUUAUGCUUUGAAAAUCAGUUAAUGUUACCUUUAGUACACAAUUUGCUCUUUCC